AUGACUAUGAAGUCGUCCCUGCUCAAGAAGAGGAAGCUUUCAAUGCAAGCUAAUCCUCCCGAACAAGAGAAAGAGAACUCUGAAAAAUCCUCCGCAAAGAAACUCGGAAAGGUCGAACGCUUCCAAUUACCCAGUAGUCCAGAGGAAUGGCAGGACCUUGUGGAGAACGCGAAAUUGGAAGCGUUAACCAUCAAGACCUUGCCGACUGAGAUGUUCGGCUCAGCUUCCCAAGCGUCUGAUAAACAAUAUCUGAUGCUACGCUGCUAUUCGCCUAAGAUCGUACAUCCCACUCACUUCAGCAAUCAUAUGAGCAAGUUCGGAUUCUGUAAGAACAUGUUGAGGGAUGCAACAAGCCUACUUGAUCAAUCCCGAGACUGGGCUGGAUACAUUCGGACUCUUCAAGAACAUAUCUCUAUCCGGGAAUUGAGGGAAUCACAUGCUCACCUUUGGCCGGGAUCAUUCAUGGCUGCUAAGCGGCUGCAAGAACAGACAGCCACGGUACAGGGAACGCACGAUCUAUACAGUCACGCCAACAAUCAGAAGUCCGAAAAGUGCCGAGAUGCGGAGGAUGAAGCAACGCCAAAUGCGGCGCUUAUUGUUCUGCUUCAGGAAAUCACGCACAGUAGAACGAACAGACUUUGA